UGACGGGGGCGCCGUGGAGCCGGCCGGAGCCUUCCCGCGGGCGGAACCAAAGCGCGGCGCGGCGGCGGCGCGGCGGUGGCUGUCGGUGUGGCACCGCCCGCCGUGUCCCCGGAGCGGCCGCGGCCCCGCCAUGCUGCCGCUGCUGCUGCUGCGGGCCGCCCCCGCCGCCUGCCGCCGCGCCUCCGCCGCCGCAUGGCUGCGGGCCGCCCCCGCCGCCUGCCGCCGCCGCGCUCCGGCCGCUGCCGCCGCGAGGCUGCAACAGGUUCCAUCUUUUCAAGGAGUGGCUGUUCGCAGCCUCAGCACAUCCUCCCCUCAUGAUCACCCAGAACAUGGAAGAUUAGUUUAUAAAGGAAAUUUGGCAAAGACAGUGUUGGGCGUGAAGUUUUUCUCCUACUCCACCAGCAUAUUCAACCUGUUCAUGAUGCCCUACAUCAUGCUCAAAAGUGGUAUUGGAGUGGAAAGUCUGCUUGUCCAAGCUGCCUUUUAUGGGCUGAUUGGGAUUUUUACAUUUGUAACUCCGGUUACUUUGCAUUUCCUUACAAAAGGUUACGUGAUCCGGCUCUAUUACAAAGAUGAAGUGGACACCUAUACAGCCAUUACCUACAAUGCCAUCUUGGCAGAAAAAGUGACUGUUUUCCAUCAGAAGGAUGUAAAGAUUCCAGACAUCACCAAGAUGUUUACAACAUUUUAUGCUAAAACGAAGUCAAUGCUUGUUAAUCCUACGCUUUUCCCAAAUCCUCAGGAUUAUAACCAUCUCAUGGGCUAUGACAAAUCCUCAUUUUUAAAAUUUGAGGAUUUAGAGGAGGUAAAGGAAGCUGAUGAAAGGAAAUAAUUUGAAAAUAAUGUCAGUAUCAUUGUCCAUAAUGCAGUACUAUAUACGUGAAAGAAUGUAAAAAUCUAUUACACUUGUUUAACUAUCAGGUAGCUGGAGUUUUCUGUAUGCAUUAUGGAAUGUAUAAAAAGAGACACUUUUUAAAAAAAUAUUGCAAACAGUGUAAGGAUUUCUUUAGAGUUAAUGACAUAAAAUACAGUAAAAAAAGGAGAUCCUUAACCCUGUCUUUUGCUUGUUUAUUCUUGGUUUGAUUUUUGUUGUUAGCUCUCCAGAGAACUGUAAAAUGCAUGAGCUUUGUGGCAGUCUCACCAUCUCCAUGUCAAAAGAAGCCAUUUCUGAUAGACUCAUUACCUAUCAAAUAUGCAAAGAUGUUAAGCCUUAAAUAUUAUUUGUAUUUAUUCUAAAAACACCAGGCUUUUUGUCACUGCUGGUGAUGGUAUAAAGGAAGUGAACGUGGCUUUCCCUUCCUUUUGUGAGACCACUGGUAGGCAGGAGGAGUCUCUGGAAAGCAGACAGGUGUUCCUGUGAAUUCCUGCUCCUACCUCCUCCCAAAGGUGAGAAGAGCAUGGGGAGAAUGGCAAUAUAUAUAGAGAGCAGUAAGUUCUAGCUACUCAAAGCUACUCUCAGAUUUCUUAAACUGAAGUCCACUCUGAGCAACCCUGUCCCCAAAGGUAGAGAGCAAGAAGCCUCUCUUCUUGGGCAUGGGAAAGCACCGUGGCAUAAGAUUUGCUCUGUGAGCAUCCCACUGGCAAGAGGCGCUGUAUUUGAAUCAACAAAGAAAGUUCUAGCAGCUAGUGGUUAAAAUGCAUUCUGUCAGCAUUUUUGUAUGGUGAGGAAGCAAUUGCGCCUUUAAAGAACACACUUCUUGAUUCUCAGCACUGCAAAGAAAGCCACAUUUCACUCAAGUAAAAAGAGGAUCUGGUCCUUUUGUGGUAUUAGGCUGAUUCUUCUCCCUUGAGAGUGUAGAGAUUGGAUUUAAAUUUUUUACCCCAUGGCACAUAAAUUGACAGAUAUUUGUUUUCAAAGAAUGAAGGGCCUAAAUAUUUUGAGACAUAAAAUUUACUGAAUUGAAAAAAUCUCUAAAAUUAAAAUUAAUCCUUUUGUGUUAGCAGUGCCCUUUGUAAUAGGAAAAUCUGAUGUUUGCUACUAGUUAUCCUGAUCCUGCAAAUAAAAAAUUAUAGCUAACUUUCAA